AUGCUCGCUGGCCUCACCGCCCUCGUAUUCGCCGCCCUCGCCAUCUCCGGCGCCGACACGCUCCACAUCCGGCGCGACUCCACGCCCAUGUCGCUGCCGUUCGUCCGGCGGGUGAACAUGACAGGCGUUCCGAGCAUCGUCAAGCAGGACCAGGCGCGCGCGAAGGCCCUCAAGGCGAACCGGGCGGACACGCGCGGGUUCCGGCAGGCGGCCGUGUUCGACGUCCCGGCGACGAACCAGGCGGUCGACUACACGACGACGGUGAUCACGUUGCUCAUCGACACGGGAAGCUCCAACACUUGGGUUGGGGCUCAACUCAACAACCCCUUCGUCGGGAGCGGCACGACGAAGUCAACCGGACAGCUCGUGGCAAGCAUGUCGCGGAUUGCAUUUGAUGGCAGCACCGAGGUCAUCGACACUGUGACACUCUCCAACGGUCUCGCCAUAGAGAACCAGUCCUUCGGCUCUGCCUUGGUCUCUCAAGGUUUCGAUGGCGUCGACGGGAUCAUCGGCAUUGGUCCCGUGGACCUGACAUGCGGCACUCUCCUUCCUGCCAUCAACCAGUGCAUCCCUACAGUGACCGACAACGCGUUCUCUCAGGGGCUCAUCUCCGCCCACGAGAUCGGCAUUUCCUUCGAGCCAACGACGACGCUCGGGAACACCAACGGCGAGCUCACGUUCGGCGGCGUCGACACAACCAAGUUCACGGGCACGCUCAACUUCGUCCCCAUCACUUCUACCUCUCCGGCGAACGAGUUCGUGGGCAUCGACCAAUCGAUCACGUAUGGGGCCGCGGACGGGACCACGGUGCUCGCUGCGACGAGCGGGAUCACCGACACUGGAACGACGCUCCUUCUCCUCGCCACCGACGCGUUUGAUACAUACCAGGCCCUCGCGGGCGCUGUGCUGGACAGCACGACGGGCCUCCUUCGCCUCACGUCCGACCAGUUCGACAGCCUCCAGAGUCUUUUAUUCCAUAUCGGCGACAGCACGCUGGAGUUCACACCCAACGCCCAGGCGUGGCCGCGCGCGCUCAAUAGCGCCAUCGGCGGUACGAGCGACUUCGUCUACCUGAUCGUGAACGACCUCGGUAGCCUGAGCGGCGAAGGCCUCGACUUCAUCGACGGCAUGACGUUCCUGGAACGCUUCUAUUACGUUUUCGACAUCGCCAACAGCCAGGUCGGGUUCGCGACCACGGCGUUCACGGAUGCGACCACCAACUGA